AUCCUGCUGCCGGUCAGCUCCACUGCGCGCCCGCACAGGCGGGAAGGCGUGAGCGCCACGGACGAUUUUUGGCGGAGGAGGCUGCACAAAAUUUACACGGACAGCUUCUUCCCGUGAUUCGCCAUUCAGCCGUUGCUAGACCAUCACGGCAGCUACGAGGUAAGAGGCUAUUGCGGCUCAGCGUCAGACCUCGUCCAUCAUGCCCGCAGUCCUGGCACCUCAUCCUUCUCUCUCGCCGCCCGUCGUCCUCGGAUCUUAUGCCCCUUCAGCUGGCAAGGCAGGCAAGACCGUCUUUCAGGCAACUGCAGCUUCUUCAUCUAGGUUGUCACACGCUGCCGUUGGGGAAGUUGUCAAGCUGGGCUCAGGAAGCGUCAGGAGGGCAAGGGGUCUCAUCGUGACAGUAGCUGCUGGAGCUUCAGUGACGCUGAUCGAUGCUGCAACACAUACUGCUGUCCAGAGCUUCGUCCUUUCCAAUGCUGUACAGCCCUGCACACCACCUUUGGUAACUCUGCAGUCAGCUGGCAAGGGCAACACCUUGAGGCGGACCUACCUGGGCCUGGUUGCUCAAGAUGGCUCCGGCUCAGAAGUCUGGGCGUGGAAUGAGGUCGUCAAGGAGAGCAGCCGCUCAGCAGCAAACGAUGCCAAUCCCGAGCGGACAACUGUGCGGUCCAAAGACGUGAUAUCUUCUCUGCAUCCGCUCUCCUCCGGCGAGGUCCUGCUCCGACAUGGCAGCGGUAGCUACAGCGUCUUGAGCAGCUCGGCCGCCGAGGUACAGCCGCCAAUCCUACAGAUCUCAGAGAUCUCGCCCCAAACAAACGACAACUCUGCAUCCCCUCAUCCUCGUACCGUUACCCAUUCGGUUACCGUGCUUGACCUCGUGGCAUCCGCGCAGAUUUUUGGCGGAGGAGUGCGCCAGGAAGAUUCCUUGGGCUCCCUCAUCACUUUUACUUCGGCCGGCCGGUCUUCUGGCCCCUCAAUUCCUUCGGGAGGAGCGGCAGGUGACUCGAAGGACAAGAAGGGCAGACGGAGGAAGACGGCCAUAGAAGUCAUUGACGACGCGGAAGGCUCCACCAAUAGGGACGGACUCACUGCCUCUGGCCCUCUGAAGGUUCAGGUGCAAAGGAUCGGCGUGGCGAGUGGACCGGAGAGGCUCACAAGCCUUGGAGAGACAGCGGUCUCUACAAUACCAGACGCGGCCUCUCUGCUAGAUGUCAAUCUGUUCCAUGACGGGCAGGUUUCAAUGCUGACCCGGUCUGGUGAUAUUCUUUUCAGCAGACUUAGCAUCAGCGCAUCAGAAGGGCCACAAGUCAGCCAGUCGCGGACCUUGUCAAUCGCGCAUAUCUCUCAGGAACCUUCGUCUUCUCGUCCGGCUGCGCUCCUACGACUCUCUGCUUCUCAUCUCUUGGUCGUCCUUCGUGCAGCAGGCGGACCUAGUUCUGGCAGACUUGCUGCUCUCAUCUGGGACACGGAUCUUGACGCACUAAUCGUCACUUCCGAUUGGUCUGCACCCGUUGUCCCUGGCCUUGAAGAGGCCGAACGAAACGCGAGCGUCUCGCUGACUCGUGUGGGCGGAUCGCAGGCUAUCGUAGAGGGGUGCUCCUGGGGAGGAGCUCAGACCGGCGGAACAGCGCUGGCCACCUUGUGGGCUCUUCCCUUUACCAUUCCGUCCAGCAGUGUCCUGAGACAUGCUGUCGGAAAGGCAGCGCUGACCACUGCAUGGUCGAAGCAAGUUCAAGCAAAGGCUGCUUCUUCGAGUCGUGCGGGAGCAGACAUUGAGGGACAGCAUCAGGCCCUGCUGCAGCGACUGCAGAGCAUUUACAGCUCAAGUACUGCUGAUACAGUUGAAAAGAAGUCUGCAGAGAUGGAGAUCGCCUUUGCCAGCUGGCUCUCUGAGGAAGGGGCAAGGGUCAAAGCAGCAUGGGAAAAGGAGCGUCUCGAGUCACAAGCUGCUGCUGCAGAACUUGCGGCCGAUGAUCAGAGCGGGAGCGACGACAGUGACCGGGAGCCUGCCAAUCUGGGUGGCGGCGAGGAGAAGAAGUUAGUCAGACAACGCAAGAACCACAGGGAUGAACGAGCACCCAAAGUCAAGCUAUCAUAUUCCUUUGUUGCAACUCUAUUGGACCUGGCUCUACCUGCAGCACCAUCGACUGCUCGCUCCGCACCGUACGCAAAGAAGAUCCUCACCUACUUGAUGAGCCGCAAAUCUGUCAGCUGUGGCAUGCUUGCUGGGAGUGGACAGUCACUCAUUGCUCGCUUGAGAGCCCGAAACGACUGGGGACAGAUCAUGGACACGAUCAGAAACGUAUCUGAUGUUGGGGAGAGGGAAUUAGUGGACCUGCUAGUAGAGCUCCUGAGAAACGAGAGGAGCAAGGAAGGCGAGUCGGCCGUCAAGACGCCUCUAGACGUUUACCUGUCACAAUUCGUGACGAUGGCAGUCUCGCGGCCGCUUCUGCGAUCCACUCUACACGGCCAUGUCACCGAGUCAAGCGAUGUGGUGGUCCUUCUGCAAGUCAUCACGCGCUGGCUGAAAGACAGAGCGGCAGAGCCGCUUGACCUUGUCUCUCUGGCAGGAGCCGAUGACGAGCUGACCGGCACAAUGAAGAAGUCGACGGCAGGCUCUAGGCGAAGGCGACUUGGCGACAAGAGCUCGCAAGCAAAGGCUCCUCCCACGACGGAUUUGCUGCAAUUCGCAAUGGACCUCAUCGACGUCUAUUUCCCCCUACUCCUCAAUACGCCGUCGAUGCAUGGAUCCUUGCACUCGCUUUCCAAGGCGCUCUCGGCACAUCUCGCCCUCUGCACCAGCUUGAGCACUCUCAGAGGUCCACUGGAUGCCUUUACACGUCUCGACACGGACCGCAAGCGACUGCAAGAGGAAAGCGCGAGGAGAAUUGCUGUACAGCGCGCUCGCGAUCCAAGGGCGGCAAAGUCACUGAAGGCAUCGGCAGGUCAAGCUGGAGCUGUACAAGCUCGUAGCGAAACGGGAGGUGGAUUAGGGAUGGAAGGACUUGGAAAGACGGUCAGGCUGCACGCAUUGGAGAGUAGCGCACUUGUGGGGCCGUAUACUCUAGAGAGUCUCGACGUUUGAAGAGUGCGAGGUGUGCAAAUAAAUGCAACGUCAGCAAUACCUUUCCUGCAGGUGAUCCCUCUUCGGCCGUCAAGAAACGAAAAGUAGUUGGUCUGUAUACGGUCGAUCCAAUUAGAAACAUUCUCAGGACGCCUCUUCUAGGCUACCUCUCUACCUCUCCUCCCCUUUUCCCCCUUCUCCCCUC